GUUUUUGUUCGCUUGAUUACUAGAACUACAUCUACAUUCACAUGUAACAUACUUUGUUGCUUCGACAACUUUCCAGCCGCUGUAACGUAGGGCCUCAUGGCAGCUCAGGUUAAGGACGGUGAAGACCAACGAGAUGUGUUAUUUCUCGGUUGCUCCAUUUGCCUGCCAGACGGCACUUUUUUUUGCCAGAAUGGAUGGGAAGGAUUUGCUGACAAGCAAAGCUUGACCAAACCUGCAUAUGCAAUUUUCUACGGCGGGUGCAUGAUGGAAGAACAUAUGCGAUGUAUGCAAUCGCUUUGGCGGAAACCGAAGAUAGACUGACCACAUUUGAUUUGCAGGGGCGGUGAAAAGUACUCCAAGCAGCUGUCAAGCGAGGAGAAUUCCUUGAGUGUAGGAGUGCUGAUUGCAGGUUUGGCAAUGGCACAUCAGGAGCCGGUGGUUUUCCUCAUGUGUUUUAUGUUUGAUGGAGUGAGGAUAUCUCCAUGUCAGUGGGCAUUUGGUAAACUGCCUGCCAGGUCUUUCGAGUGAAAGGUUUUGCUUUCAAGCUUUGUGCAUGACUGCCCGACCCUCAAACCCGCCACAUGUUCUUCCCUUUUGAUGCAGACAAUGUCACACUAAAGCACCGUUUGCAAGCCUUGCCUUGGACUAAAGCACCUCGACUCUUCGGCAUCUCUCAAAAUGCCAAUGGGACAUGCGUCCAUAUGCCGUGUGGGGGUGGAAACCAACGCCUUGGUGUCCGUGUCCGUAGGGUCCGUGUCCGCAGCUCCUUCCGUCGCCCGCAGGUCCGACGCGUGACGCGCGUGCGUGGCGUCACUGGAAGCCUUGCAUCGAACGUCAUUGGAAGCAGCGAAUCCGAACAUCCCAAAGUGGUGCUCGUGCCGUUGGUCUAACGCCUUUGGUCGAACGCCUUUCGGGAGCUGGAGUGGUCUAAGCCUAGCUUUGGAGAUGAAUUGGAAUGUACAUGUGGUGUUUACCAGGUGUUCACAGAUCGGCGUGCCGUUCACUACGUCCUUCACCCCCCAAAAUAUGACGUGGUUCUUAACGUGCCAAGUCCAGUGUCCAGAGAAAGUGCAACUAGUACAACUAUGGCAGUCAAAAUGUCGACCAACACAUGCCUUGCAACGCCAAUGCGUUUUCAUUCUUAUUGGAUCUUGUAGGCUUUGACUUCCAAAUUUGCUGCGUUUGCUAACCAUGCUCCAGGGAGUUCGGUAGGGGAAGGUGGCGGCAUGAGUUCAGCGUUUUGUGUGGCAGCCUGUAGGCACUGAGAGUGUUUGGAGCAAUGGUCUGGAACCUAAUAGCGAUGGCCUCCCAGUAUUUCUCCUAAACUGUGACCAACACCACUGGUACUACCACUAGAUGUCCUCCGUUGUCUUUCGCGUGUCUAGUCUAGCACCGAUGCGCCAACCGAUGCGCCGACCGACGCGACAUGUGGCCGGGACAUGCUGCACCUCUUCUUUCGUGCCAAGGAACCAUAAAAUUGUUUGAACAAGUGUAUGAUGUUGAAGACGGGCGCGGGCACAGGUGAAACAGAAGGCGUCGAAGUCCAAGCAAACGGUAUGAUGUAUUCAAACUCUUUGCUUGAGAACCCGAGCUAAGUAUGGGCAAGGGCAUGAAAGGAAAACCAAUGAAAAUGAUUAAUUAAUUAGUUUGUUUAACCAGAAAUAGUCCGAUGAGGAAAUUGGUUCCCUCCAAAAUCCGCUUGCAGAUGAAGAAUCAGACAGACCUCAAGGUCUGUUGCUCAAAUGGCACUGCUCAUCCAGGAGACCAACUGCCGCCGUUCCAGCGAGGGGCUGGUGCUUUGGCCUCUGGUUUCUGCGAGGGGCUGGUGAGGACAUCUCCAUCUCUCAACUGGAAGCUUGCGGAUUUCCGCCCAACUCAGCGACUUCCAGCGGACUUUGGGGAAGCUGGAAGCGGAAGUCGAUGGAGAAAGCUUUUGCGAAGCUGAAGGAAGUGAACAUCUCACUCAUUACCAAUCUCACCUGCAACGGCUUCACGACCAUUUGGCCUCGCCUCCGUGACACAGGCAUCUAGCAUUUGCCCCCACUACUCCGUGACACCAGGAAGCUCCUCGUGGAAGGACCAAGGCCACCCCACUCACGGCCGCCCGGCUGCCACGGCGGCCGGACCUCAUCACUGUUCAGAGCGCCGGCGCGGAGUGUUGGAGUACUGCUCGAUGAAAGAAACAGUACUCCAAAAAGAGAGAGGACACAUAGUCGCAUUAUGUCACAUUUUUGGAAAAGGAACGUUUCACUGACAGGGCAUACAAGGGCACCAUGAUACCCAAGAAAAGCAAUGUUGAUCAUUGUUGGGCAUUCUUGAAUAUCCAGACCUCCAUGUUCUAUUGUUGCAGUGGUGAACAGAUGUAAGGCAUUGCCGCGUUUUGAUGUAAGGUCCCAGGCAUUCAUGGGCCACCUGCCACAUUGAGAAAGCAGGAAGCUUAUUAGCAAGGCUGGCAGCUCGCCAGUCCAGCCAGCCUUUUUAGGAGGACUCGGAGCCGCCGCCGCUUCUAACAGCACCGUUUUGCUUCUGACAGCAAGAUCUCGUUUGCUUCGCAAUCCUGUGCCCCAAUUAAGUUGCCUGGCGGCCCAGCCAGCCGACAUCGUGAAAUCCCC